GUUUAGUUAUGUUUGAUAAAUUUAAAUCAAGAAAGCUACAUUCUUAUGUCUACACUUUGUCUUUUCUCCUUUCUGUAGGAACUAGGAAGAGCACACAGGCAAAAACCUAUGCCUCCAAAGCCAGAAGAUCUAGCAGUCAUCUGUUUCACCAGUGGAACAACAGGAAACCCUAAAGGAGCUAUGAUCACUCAUCAAAACAUAGUCAGCAAUGCUUCAGCUUUUGUGAAAACUACAGAGAAAUCAUUCACACCUUCCACUGAUGAUGUUCUGAUAUCAUUCCUGCCCCUGGCUCAUAUGUUUGAGAGAAUUGUUGAGUGUGUGGUUCUGUGCCAUGGAGCCCGGAUAGGAUUCUUCCAAGGGGAUAUCAGGCUACUCAUGGAUGAUCUAAAAACACUUCAGCCAACUGUAUUUCCUGUAGUACCAAGACUGUUGAACAGAAUGUUUGACAAGAUUUUUGGGCAGGCAGAUACUUCAUUAAAGAGGUGGCUGCUGGAUUUUGCUUCCAAGAGGAAAGAAGCAGAACUCAGAAGUGGUAUAGUUAGAAAUAACAGUUUCUGGGAUAAAGUCAUCUUCCGUAAAAUACAGGCAAGUUUGGGAGGAAGAGUGAAGCUGAUGGUUACAGGAGCAGCACCUGUGUCUGCAAGUGUACUGACCUUCCUGAGAGCAGCUCUUGGCUGUCAGUUCUAUGAAGGUUAUGGACAGACUGAAUGCACAGCUGGAUGCUCCCUGUCAUUGCCUGGUGACUGGACAGCAGGUCAUGUUGGAGCACCGAUGCCAUGCAAUAUCAUCAAGCUUGUUGAUGUACAAGAAAUGAAUUACUUGGCUGCCAAAGGAGAGGGUGAGGUGUGUAUUAAAGGGCUAAAUGUAUUUCGUGGCUAUCUGAAAGAUCCAGAAAAAACAGCAGAGGCUCUGGACAAAGAUGGCUGGCUUCACACAGGAGAUAUUGGGAAAUGGCUACCAAAUGGUACAUUGAAGAUCAUUGACCGGAAAAAACACAUAUUUAAACUAGCCCAGGGAGAGUACAUAGCACCUGAGAAAAUAGAGAAUGUGUAUCUGAGAUGUGAAGCUGUUGCACAGGUGUUUGUCCAUGGAGAGAGCUUGCAGGCCUUCUUAGUAGCUGUUGUGGUACCCGAUCCUGAUACUCUGCACAACUGGGCCAAGAAGAAGGGAUUUGAAGGCUCCUAUAAAGAGCUAUGCGGCAACAAGGAUGUAAAAAAAUACAUUCUGGAAGACAUGGUGAGAAUUGGGAAAGAAUCUGGUUUGAAGUCAUUUGAACAGGUGAAAGACAUUGUCCUGCACACUGAAAUGUUUUCUAUUGAAAACGGCCUGUUGACACCAACACUGAAGGCGAAGAGACCAGAACUGCGAAAAUACUUCCAGUCACAGAUAGAUGAACUCUAUGCUAAUGCCAAAAUGUAACUGCAAAUGGAAUGAGGAAAGUGGCACAUGUCUGUCUACUGUUGGCCUUCAUAUCUGUAUUUUGACUACAGCAAAAAUAGGGAAGGAAACUGUGCAAUCAUUAACUUGUACAAAAAUGGGUACUUGCCAUAGGAACAUUGAAGAAAAUGGAACACUGCCUUACUGUCAAGUCGUGUUGCAUACUGUUUUUAUGGUGACCUACAAUUUCCAAAAAGAGCCUUAACUAUAAAUGGUAACUAUAUGUAAGUUAUUUAAUAUUUCCUUGGUUGAAAAUGGGACUCACCUUCUCCAAGGAGCUAAGGUUUUAUUGCCAGCAUGUUUGCUGUCUGCAGUGUGUUUUGCAGUUGUCAAUUCCACAAAGGAUUUGGCAGCUUUGAAAAUGCCUCUAAGUAUCUUGCAUCCUCAGAAAAAUUACUUAAUCUGUUCAAAAAACCCCACCACCUAACCACCAAAAGCCCCAAACCCUUACAGUUUGCAUAGCUGGUAUCACAUCUUUUGUUAGUCCCAGUAUUAACUGGGGCAAGGCAUCUGAGCUGUAUCUCCCUUCUACAUCUGCAGCCGGUUAUGGGAUGUACUUCUAUAAGGUAGAAGUCAGCACUCCACACAAAGAAGACUGAUGAGUAGAAGUUCCUCAAAGUCUGCAUAUGGUGGUUCUGCACUGUGUGGGUGCAGUUCAUUCAGCAAGUAUAGCCUUUGCUACAUUAGCAUGAUUCAGGAGUGGCACCAGCCCUGUAACUCUGGCAAGAACACUAGAGACCUAAAAACCAAAUCAGGAGGCUGGGCUAUGCUAACAGUCAGGGUAAACACUGCACCUGUACCAGACACUUGUUUCCCUGUAAUGAACUUGUAAUUAAAAUGCAUUUUAUAAAAAUGUGCCAGGCCCUCUGUAAGUGGAAGAGCUUCUGACAUAACCUCUGUUUUCUGUGCUUUAUGUAUGAGCCACUGAGUACUCUUCACCGAAUAACAAAAUAGGUCAGGUAGAAUGUUUUUGCCUGAUGCUUUGCAGCAAUUGGAACUAUUUAUACAUGCCAACAGAACUGUGUGUUGGCCCAGGAUAGGCAUUUGUUCAGGGAUAAAAGCCUAAUUCCCAGAUAAAUUGAAAAAUAAUAACUAGUUAUCUUUUGUUUGAAAAAUCAGCAGAAAUAAGCCUUAUUACAGCAUCAGUCUUUUGCUAUCCUUAACAGAGUUGGUUUUGCAUUAACAUUCAUUGCUGUUUUUUGAAAACGUGGAUCUAUGUAAAAUACAAGCACAACAAGGUUUGCACUAAGAUUUGUGUGAUUGUAAUGCACUACUCUGUAGCAUAAUUUCAUGUGUAUGCAAUUCAGGUACACAAAUCCAAGUCAACUGUUAGAGCAGUAGUUUGUUACAUUGAAAUUCAAAUGUUUGCUUAGUGUUGGCUAUUUCUAUGUUUUUUAAAACCAAAACAAUUUUCAAAACCAAUGAAGGAAACCAAAAUAAAUAUUUCUUCAUUUCAA